UGCCACUUAACUAUUUAAAUCCGUUCCUUCCAACCCUAGUCCACCAACAUGGAUCGCAGCAGCCGACCCGCCGCGACCUACGCAGCCAUCGCCGCGAGCUACUCAAACGCCGCCGCGAGCUACUCAACCGGCGCAGCAGCCUACCUAGCUAACGGUCCCGUCGGCCGCAAAACUGCCGCCGCGGGCUAUGCAGCUUCCGCCUCGGCCUAUGCAGCUUCCGCCGCGGCCUAUGCAGCUUCUGCCGCGGCCUACGCAGCCGACGACGAGGCGGAAGCUGACGACCCCCUCGGCGACCCAUCUGCCGCCGCGUCGUCCGUCGCCGUCCUCGCCGUCGACCUCGCCGUCGUCCCCGCCGCCGACCCCGUCGACGACCUCAACAACCCCCCCGCCGACCCCGUCGCCGGCCCCGUCGUCGUCUCCGCCAACAACCUCCGCCGCUGAUCCCGUCAACCCCGCCGCCGCCGAGUAUGGUGGUGGAUUUUGUCUUGGACAGUCAAAGAUUAAUUGUGGGGGAAGAGUAUGUGUAUGAGAUGAUGAGGUAAACUAAGAUAUAACAAUUGGGAGUUGGGUUUCUGCAGGAUUUGGUUACCAAGUUUUGAUUUGGGAAGUGAAUAUUUUGUUUACUAGCAGUCACUUUAUUCUUGGAAAUUUAUGACUGAUAAUGAUGGAUGAUUUCUAGUGAUUGUUUAUGGCUAAUGGAAUGCCACACACUCCUCAAUUCUGUAUGGGAGCAUAAGGAUGAAUUAUGAUCACUUGGAGAUGAAAUUUUCCAACUAUAUAGUUGGUUGUAUGCAAGAAGAGUUAAUUUCUGGAAAUGAGUACCAGAAUUGAGUUGUUCUGUUAUGAGCUGUUAACUAAGCAAAGUUGGGAUAACUGUUCAGGAAUUGGAAAUCAGUGAAAAAAAAUGAAACUGUUUUGUGCAAAAU